AUGUCUAAUAAAAAGUUAAAUAUCUUAGUGUCGGUUAUGGAGGGCGUGGGCCAUGUAAACGCUUGUAUCGGUUUGGCUCAAGUACUACAAAAACGUGGCCAUCGGUUGACAUUUAUCGUCGACCGGGCAUUCAGGGGACAGUUAGCUCAGUAUGGUUUCGAUGAAGUGAUUAUCGAUGAUUGUGGCGAUAAUCAGACACAACAACAAUCCGGACAACAAUCCGGACAACAAUCCGGACAACAAUCCGGACAACAAUCCGGACAACAAUCCGGACAACAAUCGGGACAACAAUCCACGCAACAAACCGGCGAAAACAAAAAACCGGGCGAAGAAGGGGCACAAAUGAUACUGAAAUCGGGACUAAUGACGGGAUUGUCGUCAGUGGACAAAAUGAAAAUGAUGUUAAAUAUACCAGUUUUGGAUACAAUACUAGAAAAAGCCCGAAAAUCGGAUCCAAUGUAUGCCAAAGUUGUCCGGGAAGUGGAUCCCGAUUUGAUUAUUUUGGAUGAAUUUCUGGGACGACCAGCACUCGUACAUUCGGGUAAGCCGUGGGUCAGUGUUUUCAGCGGUAAUCCGCUGUUUGCUAUCGACGACUAUAGGACACCACCAUUUGCUUCCGGUUUUCCAGCCGAUAGCGAUAAAAACAGUUGGACUGAAAUGAGACAAUUGGGUAAACAGCUGUUUGGUGGACAAGGACUAGAAAAAUACAACCAAUGGCUCCGGGAAUUAGGACUACCCCUGAAUAAUUCGGAUCAAAUUAUACCCCGAUCACCGUAUCUGAACAUUUAUGGCUAUCCCGAGGAACUGGACUAUACAGACAUCAGACCAAUACCCGAGAAUUUUUGCCGUAUCGAUGCCUUUCUCAGGACUGAUCCCAAAGAGUUUAAAAUACCCGACAAAUUGGAAAACCGGGAUAAAUCAAAAUCAAAAUUAAUAUAUCUAUCGAUGGGUUCAAUGGGUUCAGUCGAUGUCCAACUAAUGAAACGGUUUGUCGAUAUACUGGCCAAAACCCGGCAUAAAUAUAUCGUUUCGAAAGGACUUAUGGCCAAUGAGUAUGAAUUGGCCGAUAAUAUGUGGGGUGAGGCCAGUGUCCCGCAAACAAAUGUCCUGCCGUUAGUCGAUUUGGUUAUAACUCACGGCGGAAACAAUUCGGUUACCGAAACGUUUAGUUUUGGUAAACCAAUGAUUUGUAUGCCAUUAGCAGCCGAUCAGUUCGAUAAUGCACAGAGACUUCAGGAGACUGGGUAUGGCCUACGAUUGGAUCUGUAUUUGUUUACUGACCAACAAUUAGUCCAAUCAAUUGAUAAACUAUUAACGGAUAAAAAAUUAUUGGAUAGACUAGCGAUUGCAUCCAAACGUAUGCUUCAAUCGGAUAGUAUUCAUAAAGCAUGUGAACGUAUUGAAAGUCUAGUUAAUUAA